AUGGGCAAUUACAAUGUGGUGGCUGCGAAGAAUAUUCUAGUUCUUCAAUAUGUAUUAUGUACCUGCUCAUUACCCCAGCAGGUUAAUGAUGCCUUAAUACAGGCAGGUUGCAUCAUACAAGAAAGUACAAACGGGGAUCAGGAAAAUGGAAAAUUAGAGCUUAGUAUCAACAGGGUAUUGGCUUUAAUUCUGGCAUCCGUGCCGGGAUCAUUUGAUCUUGAAAGUCGUUUGAACCUGGGAUCGACGUUUUUGGAAUAUUUCAUCAAGACCUCGCAAAAAGAAGAAUUAUCAGUCAAUGAAGUUAUUGAAGUGGGAAGCACACCGGAAAUAUUAGAGCAUGCUCUUUUAGCUGGUGAUGAAAACAUUAGCACUGCUGCAGAGAGCACUCUGGAAUUGGCUGCAUCUCUGUCUAUGGGAUUUGGCUUUGAUAUUACUUCAGCCACAUACAAGUUUACGUUGUCAGAUAUGAAGAGAGCGUUUUUCGCAUUCUUCAGGGCCGAAAUAGUAAAGUCAACACAGAGUACGCCAGAAAUAUCUGUAGAUCUGGAUAAACUGAGACAGUUGCCUCUUUAUUCACAUGAUUUGGAGAACUGGAUAAUCAAUACUUAUAGGCCAAUCACAUAUUUGGCUCAAUACAACGAAUCAGCAUCGUUAACCAACUUCUCCUCCUACCUAAGACCGGAGGAACGGAUAUCCCUGAUUAUGGAGGCUGCCAUUUCAUACGAUCAUAUUCCACAAAUCGUGUCGAAUGUGCUUGUUCCGUAUAUUUCCUCUAGAACCUCAAUGUGGACCGCUUUCAAUGAUUGGCUGAUUCAGUUUGGGGACAAGACAAUUCGAGAAACAGAGUCAAGCACUAUGAUAGAGAACUAUGAUAUGAUCCUUAAGCUUGUGAGGCAGGAAAAACUACUUAGUAUUCUUUCAUCUAAUGUGAGUGUCAUGAAUAAAUUCGUGUCUAUUGUUCUCUCCAUCAUAUACCUUUGUCCGCGGGCAGUUCUUGAGGUGUUUAUAGCAGCAAAGGAAAUUAUCGCAAUAUUGAAAGGCUUACCUUUAAAGAGCAAAAGUGCUAUGGAGGAAGACUCAAUGCCAGAACCGAGGAAAACCGUUAAAGAGAUGGCAGAAGCAAUUGAUCCUAGCAAGGAGUUUUUGGAUUCGUACUCUAAAAUCAUUGAAACGGGUCAAAGAUUGUAUGCGAACAAUCUAUCCUUAGUGCAGAUUGCAAACCUUAAAUCUUCAGAUGGCAGUGUUCAGCUAUCGGAGCUUCAGAAGUUUAUCGAGAACGAGUCGAAAUACGGCAGAAAUUCGAGGCAGUGGCAAACAUUACUAAGUUCCAUGUAUUGGGUUUUUGAAAAGACCAAGAUCUUUGGAAAAGUCGAUCGCCAUACAUUGGAUGAGUUGGUGCUCACUAAGCUUUUGGACCUCAAAUAUUUCAACAUUGUGGAGGACUUAUUCUUUAAGCGGUACUGCUCGAUCCCAGAAAAGGAUACCGAUAAGAUUGUUACGAGGUAUGCAUGGCUUUAUUAUAACAAAGCGACCAAUUGCGAUCCGUCUUUGGGAUCUUUAAAAUGCUCUGUUGACUGUGCGAAACUAAUUAGAAAUAAAACAAACGAAUCUUCGAGGUUGCAGAACCUAUAUCUGGCAUGCAAGGAGAUUCUCCAAUGGAGAAUAUCGCUUCAUGCCAACACACCAUUGACUCCAAGGCAGAUUUUAGACUUGGGCGAUAUAUUGAGCAUUGUUACGAGAAUUUUGGAGUUAAAUGAGUCCAGUUACAAGAGCCACAACAAAUUAUUCUCAUUAGUGCGACAUAUCAUCAAUGGAUUGCAGUGUUAUGAUAGGGAUGUGCUUUUCAAGUAUGCCAAGGAAGAAGUUCCUGUUGUUGACGAGAUCAAUCCAUUGAGGGUGAAAAUAAUGGUGAUUUGUCUUGACUUCACCUCUUCUGUUGACACGGACUACGCGUAUGAACUAUCGAGCGAAAUAUUGGUUAAUGCGAUAGAGAAUAUAGAGCAGAUAGAUCUUGGAAAGGUCGUUUCCGACUCAUGGGUGUCAUUUUUCCAGUUUGUCAAAACAGAGACAGGAACACCAACUUUGGCACUUCUGGACAAGAAACUAAGCAUUCUAGGAAAACUACUACUUGUGACACCGGCUGAAUUCAACAUACCGGUUUUGGAGUACUGGCAGCUUUUGAAUUCACAAAGAGACCAUCUACUAUCACAGGCGGAAGUGCAGAGUUCGGCAAGUAGGGCUGGAUCGGAUAAUCGCGGCGAAAGCAGACAACAGCCGCAAAGUUUCUUUCAAUCUUCAGGAUUGGGUGAUCUUCGUUCGAGGCUCAAGUCAUCAAUAAAGAUGUCGGCGAAUGACAUACUAAAAAGUGCUGAUAGCGGAGAUAUUGGCCGGACCAUUAUUGGGCACAUAGUGGGUGCGAACUAG